AUGAAAGGGAUUACGAGGCUUCUCAAUUCUAUUUCGCGACAGAGAGCUUGUGAGAUACUUUCUUCUCCUUCUUCUAUUCUGAUAUCUCGUCGCUCUCUGUUUAUCUCGGCGGCGACGCAGUUUCCAGCGAAUUUCUUGGAUGGCAGAACGACUAUUUCUGCUCGUAACUCUCCGAAAUCUUCUUCCUUUCCCUUGAAUUGGAUCUCCAUUGGAGUGCAAAGGAGGACAAUGUUUAUGCAAACACAAUCAACACCAAACCCAUCUUCUCUCAUGUUUAAUCCUGGUAAACCAGUCAUGGAAGUUGGAAGUGCAGAUUUCCCUAAUUCUCGCUCUGCUAUGAGCUCACCUUUGGCCAACGCCAUUUUUGCCAUUGAUGGUGUGGUUAGAGUUUUCUUUGGGUCAGAUUUUGUCACUGUGACAAAGUCAGAUGAUGUAACGUGGGAUUUCCUCAAGCCUGAAGUCUUUGCAGUUGUUAUGGACUUUUACUCUUCUGGACAGCCUUUGUUUCUCGACUCACAAGCUUCAGCUGCCAAGGAUACUGCCAUUCACGAGGACGACUCUGAAACUGUAGCAAUGAUCAAGGAGCUCUUGGAGACACGUAUCAGACCAUCAGUUCAAGAUGAUGGAGGGGACAUUGAGUAUUGUGGAUUUGAUACGGAAACUGGUAUAGUGAAGCUUAGAAUGCAAGGAGCUUGUAGCGGUUGUCCAAGUUCAUCUGUUACUUUGAAAUCAGGAAUUGAGAAUAUGCUUAUGCAUUAUAUAUCUGAGGUUAAAGGCGUUGAGCAAGAAUUUGAUGGUGAAGAAGAGGGAACAACGUCUGGCCCUUUGGAGUAG